GUGGAGGCCAGUGCAGAUCCCCCACACCAAAAAUCCCUUUGUAAGGUCAUUUUGGCUCAAGCCGUCUUCAGCGAACCCGAAUCUCUCGAGGCCUGUUUGCCCAGCUUCAUCAACGAUGGGUGGCGGCCAUCAGCACGACGGCUCGCAGCAGCAGCAGCGGCGGAGUGGAGGAGACCUGCUAACGGCCCCCCAAGGCCACGGUGAAGCCCGUGGCUGGGAGGCGCUGGCGGCCUCACCUCCGCCCUCGCUGCCAGAGGAGCGGCAGCACCGCGAGCCGGGGCAGCCGUGGGGGCGCGAUCGAGGAGGCGCCCCCUCCAAACACCUCAUGGGCGCCUUCUCCCGUGGGUCCAAGAACCACCACCGCGGCAAGUGCACGCCGUGCCGCCACACCAUGACCGGGACCCCCUGCCCCCAGGGGCGCCUGUGCAACUGCUGCCACUUCCACCACGGCCUGGAGGCGCUCCUCGGCAGGAAGCCCCGCGCGCUCCUCCGAAAGCAGGGCGAGCACGACAGCGCAGCAGGCUCGAUGCCUCUGCUGGAGCGCGUGCAGCCUUGCAGGCUCCUGGCCUGCGCCUCGCUGGACCUGUCGGCUCAGCUGGCCUCCCUGGCCAGCCCCGGCGCCAGCCAGCGGGCCCCCGCCCCGGCGCGCAGCCCAGCGGAGGAGGCCGCCAAGGCGAGCCCGCCGCCCCCGCCGUGCGCGCCCUCAGCGGCUCCCUGGGGCCGCCUCCGCCCCGAGCAGCUCGCCGCGCUGCUGCGGGAGGCGGCGCCUGAGCACUACGAGGACUGAAGGCGCACGUGAGCACGCGGCUUGCUGCAUCCUGGCCUCCCAAGCGGCCUUCGUUGAAGUGUCUCUGAUCACAUUGUUUUGCAGUCGCGUGGUGGAUGUGUAUGAGCCCCGAGCUCGAAUCAGGGCCUGCCUGCAGCACGACCCUUGACAUCGUGCGUGCUCAGUGGCGACCUCCGCCAGGCGGCCCUUGUGGCACAGUGACCAGCGUCACCGUCGCUCGUGGACCAGGCGGCUUCCUCAGAACUUUGAAUCAGGCUGCUCCCUCAGCGCUCCGACGCCGUGAUUCUUGCACCACGCGUCCCCCCAGAUUUCUGGGCCCCUUCCCCUGGGCCCGCUUGCUAUCCUG